AUGGAAAGAGGACUUGAAAAUAACAAAGCUACCAGAGUUCAGAUAACGGCCGGCAGCAGAGUCCCUUGCGGGGCUCUGGGGAACUUUUACGGGAGAGGUAAAAGAGUAAAGAUACUCACCCAGAGCCUUCGCAGAGAUCCAGCAGCCAUCGUUAUCCCGGAUGAGCCCCCAAUUGUUAGCGCGGAUGAAAUGAUCUCAGUCCGAGCCCAGAGUGCGGUUCGACAAUCGAUAUUGAAAACAAAAUUCCACAAACAGAUUUGUUUUCCAUUCUCAUCCAGGAAUGAUCACACAAAGCUGUGCUUGAAAAAUCCAGCUAUGUCAACAGCAGAACCUAAAAUCCAUACUGACUUCGAUGAAUAUUAUGGCUACUAUGACGAUUAUGGAAACGAUUCGGAAUUAAUUUACUUAUGUGAGAAUCAUGAACCCAAUGCAUUUGGAGCCAUACUGACACCAGUUUUGUUCAGCCUCGCCUUUAUUAUCAGCCUGGCAGGGAACGCCCUAGUUUUGUGGGUCCUGGUGAGAUAUGAGAGGCUGAGGACUGUGACGGACAUCUUCAUUCUGAAUCUGAUCACUUCUGAUUUACUCUUCACCUUCUCGCUCCCUUUCUGGGCUGUGGAUCACACAAGAGGAUGGAUCUUUGGCAAGGCCAUGUGCAAAAUCAUGAGUUCAAUUUUCUUCAUUGGCUACUACAGUGGGAUGAUGUUGCUGACACUGAUGACCAUCGAUCGAUAUUUUAUUGUAGUCCAUCCUCUGCCUGCUGUCAGAAUCAGGAAGGUCUCCUAUGCCAUAGCAGCCACUUCAGUCGUUUGGGGAAUUAGUCUGGCAGCAACAGUCCCUGAGAUGAUCUUCUCUGAUAUUGUUGGUGAUGAGGAGAACAGACUGUACUGUAUCAGUGACUAUCCACCUGAGAAUGCUCAAAUAUGGGAACUGUUCGGCUAUUACCUGCAAAAUAUCUUGUUCUUCCUCAUCCCCUUUGUUGUUAUUGUGUUCUGUUAUUGGAGAAUUCUCAACACUGUCAUUAGAUGUAAAGCCAGGAAGAAGCACAAGACAGUGAAACUUAUCUUGUGGAUUGUGGUGGUGUUCUUUGUGUGCUGGACACCUUACAAUGUGGUCAUCCUCUUGUUCUCUUUGGUAACAUUGAAAGUCCCGGCGUUCGAAACCUGUGAGAUGAACAUCCACUUGACUUACAUGUUUUACAUUUCCCGGGACCUGGCUUAUUGUCACUGCUGUCUCAACCCCUUCUUUUAUGCUUUUGUGGGGACAAAGUUCAGAAACCAUUUAACUUUGAUCUUCAGGAAGUAUUUUCCUCAGAUGGGGAUCCAUAAGCCACCGAGACACAGACGCAGAAGUCAUUAUCUGAGCAGUUCAACUGACUAUUCCAAUGCAUCUUCCACAUUUAACACAUAUCUUUAACUUGUUCAUAGACUAGUGCAAAUUGAAACAAGAGAUUUCAAUUGUUUGCGCCCAUUGAUAAAUCCAAACAAUUCAUUUUGUGUGAGGUAGAUUAAACUGUUUAUGAUGUGAAUUAACUAGGAGAAAGUGAGCACUGCAGAUGCUGCAGAGCAGAGUCGAGAGCGUGGUGCUGGAAAAACACAGCAGGCCAGGCAGCAUCCGAGGAGCAGGAGAAUCGAUGUUUCAGGCAUAGAGCCAGA